UUCAGCAGCGGAACCGCUUCCGGUUUAGGAACACGUGAGGACAUUCACCGGCGGAGGGAAUGGUUGUGUCCUUGUGGAGUGAAUGGACAACGACUAGCAAUGGCCAGCGUGAAACCAGGUCUCCCUGUGGGCAGGACUGCCUCAGCUGCAUCAAAGCAGGACAAGCGAAAGAAAUUGAAGAAGAAGAUGAUGAUGUUUCCUUGGCCCAGAACAGCGGGGACCAAAAAAAACACUGGGCCACUACUGCCUCCUAGAGUUGCUGUGGAGUACUCCACCAACUGGAAGAUACUCAGUCAGGGCUGUUAUUUCAAUCAGCUGAUGAGUAAGGCAACUAAUGCCAAGAAAGUUCCGGAAAGUAAAUCCAAGAUCCGAUUGAAAGAGGAAGCAUUGACUGUGGGAAAGGAGGAUCACCAAGGAGUUAAACCAGAGAAAGGUGCAGAAAGCAAUACCCGGCUGGACUCUCAAGCUACACAUGUCCUGCAGAAAGGAAAGAGUUUGAAACCUGAUGAAAGCCCCUCCCAGGGAACACAGCAGAGCACCAGAAAGAGAACCAGGAACAGCCAGGAAUCUGCAGAAGAAGGUACUUCUGGGAGAAAAAAACAAACCAAGAUUGAACCAGAAACUGAGAACCACAUGGAGCCUGAUAUCUGGUUUGAUGAUGUUGACCCAGAUGACAUCGAAGCUGCAAUGGGGCCUGAAGCUGGACGUGUUGCUCGGCAGCAGAUAGCACAAACAACAGGAAAGCCACACACUGCAGUACCAAGCUUGGAAAAGGUGCUGGUUAAAGAUGAAGCCUUCCAGGGACUCACCAAAGCAGUGGCAAUGGACUGUGAGAUGGUUGGCGUGGGUUCAGAUAAAGUGGACAGCAUCCUUGCACGUGUAUCCAUUGUGAACCAAUUUGGAAAAUGCAUUUAUGACAAAUAUGUGAAACCAACAGAAAAGGUGACGGAUUACAGGACCUGGGUCAGUGGAGUACGACCUGCUGACAUGAGGAAUGGUGAAGACUUUAAAGUUGUGCAGAGGGAGGUUGCAGAAAUCUUGGAAGGCAGAGUGUUAGUUGGUCAUGCUGUCCACAACGAUCUCAAGAUUCUGUUCCUGGAUCAUCCAAAGAAGAACAUUCGUGACACACAAAAAUACAAACCUUUCAAAACAGCCGUCAGAUGUGGCCGCCCUUCCCUCAAGCAUUUGUGUAGUAAGGUCCUAAAGGUCAAAGUUCAGGAGUCCGAACAUUCCUCGGUACAGGAUGCACAGGCAACAAUGAGACUUUAUACACUGGUGAGGCAGAAGUGGGAAGCUGAUGUGAAGGCAAAGUACAGAACAAAGAAACAAGUGGUGAAGGUGGGGAAACCAAAUCUUGAAGCUAAAUGUAAAAAAACUUGUCAGAAAGUGAUUCUUCCCAUCCACCCAAAGCCGGGUGAUCUGUGAAAGGUCUGCCCUCUCACCAAUAUUACAGAUGAAGACUCUGGUGUGAGGUGGCACUUGUAUUUUUGCCAUCAGUUGAGUAUUGUAGUUCAGUAGCUGGUUAAUGUUCAGCAGGCUGACUAUUCACUGGUAACACUGCAUCUGGGUGAUUUCAUACAGCAAUCAAUCCUGUAAUAGAACUUGGACUGAAUUUGUUUGGAGUUACUUUUCUUGCUUGAGUUUUAACUUGUAAGAUGUGUACGUUUCUUGUUAUUCUAGCUCUGAUGAUCUACAAAAAUAAAAUGUCUCUAGAACUAUCACUGAAUAUGAACUAAAUCAGUGAUCAGAAGAACAGAAUAUCUUCCAUACACAGAGUAAACUUCAAACACUCCCAGUACAGGGACAGCACGGAGUUGGAUGUGGAGUGAAGCUCCAUCGACAUAGCAGCCACAAUCGCUCGUUCUUACUCUGAUUAAAUUCUACAUUUCUCUUCAGUCACUCAUACUAAUAGACUGUGUUCUGGAUUCUGAUUUAUCUACUGUGGACAGCUGUUUUCAAAUCUUCAGAGCCAUGAAAAUCAAACUGCAUGUACCAAGAAAUUAAUUUAAUGGCAUGCAGUGGUGAAUAUAAACAGGAUGGUCAGGAAGUUGAGUCUACCUGUCCCACUCCUUUGCUUCACUUAAAAGGGCUGAUACCAAGUAGCACGGAGAUUUACCCAUUGCCUUCACUGGCGAAGUAAGUGAACUGGUGCUGAAUAAAGGGGAUGAUUUUAACUCUACCUACACUCCUCUGAAACAGAUUUAGAAUAUACUUCACUUGAUAUUUUUAUGGACCCAGUGGGACUCACCCAGCCGCUUCAAUCCAAAUGAUCUUGAAUCGAGAUGUGUUUAACAGGAAAAAGGUCAGUGUUGUAAACAGACUCUCUGACAUGGGUGGCAUGGUGGCUCAGUGGUUAGCAUUGCUGCCUCAUAAUAGGUGCAGUUCCAACUUUGGGUGACUGUGGAGUUUGUACAUUGUCCCUGUGUCUGUGUAAGUUUCCAGACGCUCAUUAAACAGGCGUAGAUUAGGUGGAUUUAGGGUGUGGGUUUGCUCACUGAGCUGUAGAUUUGAUAUCCAUAGGUUGCACAUCAAACCUAGACCCUAAACCUCAACCUGAGCUACAAACCUUGCAAAAAUUAGGUGGAUUGGCCACAUUAAAUUAGCUAUCAUGUGCAAAGGGUUUAGAGGGAUAAGAGUCAAAUGCUGGCAAAUGGGACUAAAUCAGUUUCUGGUAUCUGGUCAGCAUGGACCAGUUGGAUCAGCAUGGACCAGUUUCUGGUAUCUGGUCAGCAUGGACCAGUUGGACCAAAGAAUCUUUCCGUACAAAAUAACUCCAUGGCUAUGACUGGAUUUGGCCAUUCUGACUCAGAAACAUAUCACUGGUCCUUCAGUGUUGCUGAAGGAGGGUUUAGAGCUCCUUUUGUAACAACAUUGGAUUUACCUACACUUUCUGAACACAGCCAUUUCAACUCGGGGAUUACCUCCACCACCCUGCUACAGGCAAUGAGUAGUGGCUUUGUUAGUGAUGUCCAUUCCAGUCAAUAAAUGUAAGAGAAUUAUAGUCAUUAGUUGCCGUACUUCAGCCUUGGCCCUGUGGCUGAGAGAGAAGCAGGUAUAGAGUCAACAGCAUUGAGAUGCUCUGAGUAGAUCUCUAACAACUGCACCCAUUUUUAAGACUGUAACUGGACAGUACCACACCGUACAGGCCUACUGACUCUCAAUGUUGUGCCAACCUUUUAUCCUAUUUUAAGAUCAAACUAACCUACGUACCCUUCAUUUUACUAUUAUCCAUGUGCCUAUUCAGGAGUCGCUGUCAGUGCAUUCCACACACCCACCACUCUUUUUGUGUAAAGAACCUACCUCUGUUAUCUCCCCUAAACCUUCCUCCAAUCACCUUUAAAAUUGUGCCCAUUCGUGAUAGCCAUUUCCACCCUGGGGAAAAGUCUGAGUAUUCCCUCUUAUCAUCUUGUACACCUCUAACAAGUUGCCUGUCACUCUUCUUCACUCCAAUGAGAAAAGCACCGAGUGGGGAUAUUCUCUCUGAGUUUAUUAUUCUGAUUUUACAUCUAUCAUUGACAAGAGACCAUUAACUGGGAUGCUGCCUGACCUCUGGAGUAUUUGCAGUUUUGAUUCAAAGUUUCCAGCAGCUGCAGUGAAGAAUGCUGCUCUUGUGUUGGUUAUGAUCAUGCAAAGAGUAAAUGUGUAUUUCUCCAGUGACUUUCACAAUCCUGGGAAAUCCAAAAAGGUUUCAACAUUGUUCAAGUAUUUUUUCAGUGUAAUUACUGUUGUGGUGCAGAAACAUUGGAGUCAAUUUGAUUCAGUUGUUAUAUUACUGAUCAUAUCUUUUGAGGAAUAAAUUAUUGCCCACCAUACUGAGAAUUACCUGAACUACUUUGAUCAACAGCAAUGGUGGAAAAUAGUUCCCAAAUCUAAUGUUCCAUCUGUGGCACAGUGCUCCCUCAAUAAUGAUUCUCUGAUAGUGUGAUGCUUCCUCAGUUCUGAGCCUUGGACAAUGUGAUGUUCACUGAGUAUUGCCCCUUAGAUGGUGCAGUGCUCCCUCAGUACUGACCCUCAAACAAUACGGCAUUCCCUCAGUACUGACCCUCAAACAAUACGGCAUUCCCUCAGUACUGACCCUCGGAUUUUGCAGCACUCCCUUAGAACUGACCCUCAGAUGGUGCAGAGCUCCGUCGGCUCUGUCAUUGGAAAUAUCAGGCAGGAUCACAGCUCUCUGCAGUGAGAUAGGAUCCCAGUUCUUUCUGAAUAGAGGUUUUCCUUGAAGCUCUGGAAGAAACACAUUCACAACAAAGAUGUGGAGUUGAGGGAAAAAUAACAUGAUUCAGGAUGUGACCCAAAAGUUCUGAACUUUUGGAGGGAGUGUGAUUAUUGCGAAGCUUGAGUUGCGGGAGCCUGCAUCAGUAGAAUUGCUGCCUGCUUAUGUUAUUGAGAUUGAGAACACUUUGACAGCUGUCUGUGACUGAAGAUUGGUGAUGAAGCAGAAAACUAUAAUCAGCACUGACCAUGCUGGGACUCAUUCUUCUGUUUAUU